AUGUCUUCAUUGAUUUUACAUCGAAUAUCUCGUCAAGUUAUAGAAUGUGGGAAACGAUCGUACAGAUUAGAACCCACAAUAGCAAAAUUUAGUUUUUCUCAAACUGGUACUCACACAACUCAGGUUCAAGCAAGGACAGAAGUUACCUCGGCAAAUCGAGAAGUAAUAUUCUCUGAAGGGAAUGGAAAGAGCGUAACAGACUCUGAACUAACUUUCGAGUGGAGUCAGCUUCAGACUGCCUACCAAUCUAAACGGAAUGAGGAUAUUUUACGCGCAAUGUUUGUACUGAAGAUAUGUUCCUACGACACUUUCGUCCGCAACAGUAUGCAGGUAAGUUCGAUUCAAUACUUCAACUCGAGAGACAGUCGUGAGAUUCUUCGAAGUAUGUUCGCUUAAUCGAGCAACACUCGACGAAAACACGGUCAUCGGGGAAAAAAUAUAAAUGGUUAUAAAAGAACGUGGGAGAGGGAUCGGUACUAUUGCGUUAUCUCGAUUCGAUUUCAGAUUUUGGGGUGAAAUAUUGAGCACGUCUGAGCACAUUUGCAUAACCAGUUACUGAAAAUUUAUCGUUUUGAUUCGCGACAAAAUUAUCAAGAUCUACUGGGUGCUAAUAUCGUUUCUGGUCAAAGCAAUAAGAUUUUCAUGCAAAGGACAUUGGUUCGAUAUUAAAGGUGUCUUGAUUGCAGCAUUUUCAACGUGAGUGUCCAAGGUCGGCAGACGAAAUAGGCGGCUUGACCCGUAGGUCGUGAUGGGUCUCCCCCAGCAAAACGUUAUUUUAUUUUUUUUUUUAAUAAAGCGAACUUAUUCAGAUGAAUUUCAUGUGACAUUUCCUCGGGGAAAUCUUACAGCCUAAUUACACGCUAAGUAAUAUUUAGAUCACGAAAUAACUCGAGUAGAUAACGUAACUUGGCCACCGUUAAGAGAUUCUGAAGCAGACGUUUCGAGCGUUAGCCCAUCGCCAUUCACUCUGACGGAGGGCUUACGCUUGAAACGGCAGCUUCAUAAACUCUUUAAACUCAAUUUACAUCACCAACUCAUCUGUUAUGCACCCCAUCGACUCAGCACCACAUUUUCUUCGGGAACUCUACACCCUCGUUUUCAAUAUUCAGAUCACUUUGUUAGCAUCAUGGCUGUCAUUAUAAUACGUUUUCAAGGCACUAACGUUACGAAAGGUCGCCUACUGAAACCUUUGAGUUCAAAAGAGGAUUUUGACGAAGCAAUUAGAGACAGUGCUUCGCAUUCGGAUAAGAAUGAGGACGACUUUAUUUAGUGUCUGAAUUUGUAUCACCUUGUGUUUCUCUGGAGCCACUGAACACACCAGCAAAUAGAUUAGACGGACCAUAAACGGGCGAGACAAAGUUAAAUUGGCUCUUUACAAGAAGAGUUAACCACUGAAAAAGUGACAAACAAAUGACAGUAGACCGUUCGACGAUUCAUUCCAACUCUUAACAAGGAAUAGUUACCGUAAAGCCAUCGACACUGUCAUAAGGAGCUCCGUAGAAUUAGUAAAAUCAGUCUCGUUGUAUUUCCACAAUCCGAUCCAAGUCAUAAGUUGAAAUAAUCGUGAAAGAGUCGUGGCGGAGAGGAAUUCAGUUUGCAAGGGACCUUCAGACGAGACAGACAGCAGACAAGACGAUAGCAUCGUUCUUUACCCUGCAGUUUUCUUACAUUUUUCUAAUAAACCCGUUAAAUACCAGGUGAGGGGAAAAUCAGCUCAAUAUCAUUUACAAGAGACCAUGAGGUCCUGUCAAUCCGCAUAACUUUCUAAUCAAGUUUCUUUAGCAUUGUGCUUAUUUAUUUUCUUUCUCGGCCUUUCGUUUUGAUUCUUGGUGAAAAGAAAACAUUGGGGUGACACCGUUACGUGAAUUUUGUAAUGCGUGACGUGACUGCAAGUAAGGGAGCGUUUAGGAGGUCGUUCAGGCUAUCAGUUUUUAAGAUUAUAAAACGCAAGAUUUCUUUCGCGCGAAAGUUGAUGAGGGCAAGUUAUAAAACAAUUGGUCCAUGCUUUUAACUGUGCGUACAUCGAGGAAUGGAUGCACCACUGUGAUUUUCACGACUGACAAGCCCAGACGUUACGUCGUCAGUGGACUUUGAAAUGGUUAUAGCUAUCCGUGACCAUCCUGUUGCAACACGCUCUGUACCUCGAAACUGAGGUCACUUAGCUCUGAAAUAAUUGGCUCCGAAAUAAUUUUCUCGAAACGUCUUUUAUAGGACACAUUAUCCGCAGACAGAGAAUUCGUUUCGUCCAAAGUUUUACAGUCGAUCGUCGCCAUGUAGUUCACCCUUCGCCACCUUCGGCUGCUGCCACGGGGACACAGUUUCCGACGAAGAAGUACGAGGGCCCCACUGAAAACCGCUGUGGCGAAUUGGGUUCCCUCGUUAAAUAUUAUUAUUAUUAUUAUUAUUAUUAUUAUUAUUAGCAUAGUGUUCCUCUGUAAGCCAAUUGGGUGGAAAACAGCUAGAGUUUUCAUGACCGUAUUGCAACGUCUCGUGUUGUUAACCCUUUGCCUACCAUGAUCCAAUGGUGAAUUCUCCCCUCUAGCAGCUACAGAUUUUCCUUGAAAAUUUGUUUUGAGAAUUCAGUAUUCGAUCAAAUUGACCACUUCUAUCUGAUACCUUUGAGUAUUCUCAUCACCUGUGUCAUGGAUAAUGUAUAGAUAUCGUAAUGAGAAAUUGCAUGUUAAUCACUUCUUGGAGUUAAGGUUGAAGGAGUUGAGAUGGGAGCUGACUGUGAGGUCUGAAAAUAAGGGUUCCUUUGGCAUUCUAUAAUUUUUGAUACACAUAGACUCUCGAAAGAAAUGAUCACAUUCUUGGCAGGAGGGGUGGGCUAGUACAAAUGGAGAUGGGGUCAAACCUCCUUGUGAACCUGAAAAAUGAGGGACUGCAGAAAAUUCUGGGAUCAUUUUCGAGGGGUCACGUCUUUCUGUAUAUUACAUUUUCCUUUCUACAAAAGAAAACAGCACUUUUAAGGGGGGGGGAGGGUCACAUUACUUAAGCACUGGUACAAACAGGACAAAUGGAAAUUUUGCAGAGGAAAAUGAAAGUGCCCUACCCCCAAACAAUAAAUGGCCAGUUUCUGGUUUUAUGGUCAGACAAGAGUAAAUACUCUUCCUUUUGUCUUCAUUAGCAUCCUUAGGGCAGGGCUGAGUAUAACUGUCUAUUUUUCUUUUUAUUUCAACAGCUUAUGUCUUUAGGUCGAUGGGUGCUGGGAAGAACACUGUUUGAAUUUCUACUACGCAAUACCAUGUAUAGCCAGUUUGUGGCUGGGGAGACUCUACCAGCUAUACAGAACACAAUAAGAGAGCUACGUCAAUGUGGAAUAGGAACAAUGUUAUGUGUCCCUAAUGAAGAGGAUCUUUCAACUGAUUAUGAUAACUUUAGAGAUAGGUGAGCUUGUUUUGACCUGCGUUUCAGAGAGUCAACAUCCACAGUUGUAACAGUCUCAGCUGCAACUUUUAUGAUAUUUUUAGGAUCAUUGCAAUAUAACAACUAUUCAUGGAAGUGGAGGUGGCUGGUGGUAGAUAUUUAUCGAGCUGCAAAGCCAGUGAGAUAAAAUAGCACAACAAGAUGAUUUUAACUUAUUCAUUCCCACAGGGAUUAAAAUAUUUUUGGACGCAAAUCUUGCAAGAGUAACUUAGAGGUGAACAGCAAAGGACAAUCAGAGUUUAAAAAGCCAAUCAAAGUGCACCUCCAUGCUAGCUAUCCACUGUUAUAGUAUAUGGUAUACUAACAUUUGUUAUCUAUUACAAAUUAUUGAUAUCUCCCUAAUCACUAUGAUUGUAUUUACUGCCAAUUUAUUUGUUGAAGUAUAUCUAUACAUACUAGACAAUUUAGAGCAAUUAAAAAUAAUGGUUAAUUCGAGGAAAAUUACUUCUACAGGGAAGCUAUGUUUGAUAGAAAUGCAAAUGCCAUCUUUGACUGCAUUGGAAAGACAGGUAACUGAUAACUUAUUAAAACAACUUAACAAUAAGUCUCUAAGAGAGGGGUGUAAUAUUUUAUCACCAUACACACUGAGGCCCUUCAUUUAGGUUGGGUGAGACUUGCUGUAAUAACCUCCACACUGCUUUUCUGUUACCCCAUCUACAGGGUUAACUUUGAAUUUGAUGGUAGGCCCAGGGACAUGCAAUAAAUAAAUUUUUUUUUUCUAAAAUAAAAUUCCUUUUCUUGCUCUAUCUUGCCAUAUGUCAGUUCUUACAGCUGUUUUAAAUCUCAACACCUUGUUUUGGUCACAACUUUUAGAAGAAGGAGGCUUUUCACAAAUGAAAGUGACAGCCAUAUGCAGCCCUAUGCUACUAGUAAGUGGCUCUCAGUCAGACAGCAAAUAAGUAUGAUAUUAACUUUUGCAAAAUUGAAAAUGUCUGUUUGCAUAGCUCCAAAUGAAUAGUCAUUGAAUAGUCCUCAAAAGUUUGUUAUUUAAAAAGUAAAGCUUGAAGGAUGUAAGCAAAUAAGUUUGAAUUGUUUUGUGGGACCAUUUAAUUGUUCUGCUUGAUAUCCUUAUUUUUGCCUGUUCUACAAUGGAAUGCUGCUGAAUAUUCUGCAUGUUCUUUUACCCUAAUAUGCUAAAAGGGCAUAGUAGUAUAACCAUCAAUCAGACAGAUGAAAUUUGAAGUCUAUGGCAAAAUUACUUUAUUAUUCUACAUGAAAAAAACAUACUUGUCUGGUGUGUAUAUAAAUCAUUUUAACAUUUUUGUUAUUAUAAAUGUUUAAGAAUGUGUUGAACAAGCACUUAGCACCAUAUGAGGCCAGUACAGAGGCACUUGAAGGACUCGACAUUCCAAGUUUUGCCAAAGGGUUUGAUGGGAAGUUAAAUGUGAGUUAAUUAACCUUUGACCUUUAAUUCUCAGGGGAGACUAAGCUGGAACUUCUCCUCAAAUUGUAGUGCAUUGUCUAAGAAAAACCUGAUGACAAUGUAUACAAAGUUAUCUAGUUUUAGUUUUAACGCAUGUAUAUCAAAAAAUUUUCUCAUAUAAUAAUAAAAACAAGAAAAUUUGUAUACAUACCAGUGAGGAGGAAAGUGAAUCAUUUGAUCGCAUGAGUUUAUAGAUGAUCUUGUCUUUAGUAAAAGGUUUGUUGACUCUAUUCCAACACUAGAACAGUAAGGAUUCAAUUGGAAGGUUAUUGAUUAGAAAAUCAACAUUUAAAGAGAGAGGGAUAUGUAGUUUUUGAUGUAACUGUAUGUCAACUUACUGCUCUGAUCUUAUUUUGCUGUGUUACACUUGAUUUCAGGUGCCCGUUUUAAAUGACAAUCAAAAUGAGCAUCUCUUCAAUGUAAUGAAAAGACUAGAUAAAUUUGCUGAGGUAAUUACUUUUGUGGUAUAUACAUCUUGCGAUUUUCAACAUAACAUACUUGUCAAAGCUUUACCAUGUAAUUUAAACUACAAGUUAUCACAAUAUAUUUUUUAACCCUUUAACUCCCUUGAGUGACCAAGACAGAAUUUCUCCUUACUAUAUCUGUACAGUAUCAUGCAGACAAGUAAUGAGAAUAAAGAAAAAUAUCAAUUAUGGGAUUAACAAUUGAUCUGAUAACAAAUUCUCCUAACUAACAUAAUGAGAACUGUUUGGCAGAUAGCAAGUAGAAUUACCAAUGAGAUCUUGGGAGUUAAAGGGUUAAAAGUCAUGAAUUCAAAACUUUAUUUUUAGACAUUUCUGCUGAUGAUUAUUACCAUUAUGUUGACUAUUACCGAUUAAGGCCUUUUUCUUAAUUUCAUUUAUUUCAUGCUUAAAUUAUAUCUAAUCUACAUACAUGUAUUGACCAAUAAGGGCACACAUGGUAUCUAUUCAAUAAUUUUGUAAAUAAUUUGUAAUGUUCAUUUGUCAGGCAUGCAUAAAUUGCAAUGUGCGAUUGGUGAUCGAUGCAGAGCAGACAUAUCUACAGGCAGCAAUCAAUCAGUUGGUGUUAGUACUUCAGUACAAAUACAACAGAAACAACCCUUGGGUUUACAACACCUAUCAGUGCUACAGAAAGGUUAAUUUACUAUCUUAGUGAAACUCAGAAAACUGUUAACUCUGGAGAUAUUCAUGAAAUUUCACUAACAAACCAAUCAGGCUUGAGAAAGCAUACAGUAACAUAAGGGUAAAUUAAUUUGUGGUUUGAUUACAUGUCCUCAUUUGCACUCUGAUUGGUCUUUACAAAGCAAUAAUCAUUUCAUAAAUAUUUCAGGUGUUCAUGGUUUUCUAAAGUUGACAGAAAAUUUUCUGUGAUAUGGAAAGUAAAUAACAACAUUUACCACUAUAGGAUAUGAAAUAAAAUUUCAACAAUAAUUUUAGGUGAGAAAAGUUUUUAACAUAUUUUUCUGUGGAGCAGGGGGUAGCAAAUUUACAAAAUUUAUUGCAAAUUUAUAGGAGACAGUAAUUUAAAGAUAUGCCAGCAAAAUACAGUACAGGGCUAGGAAAGAAUACAGGCAGAAAAAAAGUGUCAAUGUGCAAUGUUCCCAUAAACCUUCAAAAUUAAGCAACAUUUCAGCAAAACACUGCAUUUUAUCAAUUUAAUGGUGUACAGUAAUAACCCACAUAGGCUAGUGUUCUCCCAACAUUGCAGGUGUGUUACUACAUGGUAAACUGAUAGAAAAUGCAGUCUAUUGCCUUUACAAAAUAAACUUUCAAUUUCUAUGGUUAACAAACAACAGGUUUUUGACCAAUCAGGGUGCUUGUAGAUGCUCCACUAUUUUGUUGCAUUACCUAGUAUAACACAAUUUUAUAAUUUACAGGACACUUAUGACAGAGUGAUGGCAAAUUUGGAAUUGAUGCAAAGACUAGGUUUCCACUUUGGUGCUAAGAUUGUUCGUGGAGCAUACAUGACAAUGGAGAGGAAUCGAGCAGCUGAUAUGGGUUAUGAUGACCCAAUACAUAACAGCUACGAGGAUACUUGUAGAAUGUAUGAUCAAGUGGUAGACACUUUGUUACACUUGGCAAGUCGGACUCCAGCAGAAGUCAUGAUAGCCUCUCAUAAUGAAGAAUCAGUCAAACUUGUUGUUCAAAGGUAUUUCUGAAAAGUGCAUAAUUUUAUGCUACUCAUUGAAAACAAGGUGUUCAAGAGCUCUCAUGAACAGUAAUGACAUUUGCUGACAAUUCACCUCCGAGCUGUGUUUGAAAUAAAAUUUUCAUGAAUCUUUGUCACUACCUUGACAUUUUAAUGUAGACAUUUUUUUUAUCUCAGUAUGUUGGGAACACUUUCCCCCUAAAAUUGACCAAUGUGCCACACCAUGAAAGCAGGGCUUGGGGUGAAAUUGCAUAUUCCAGCUUACACCAUGCAUGUGCAGCAUGUUGGUAUCUUGUCAAUAUAAGAGAUGGUAGGAUAGCUAUCAAGGGGAUAAGGAAUUUAACAUGGCAAGUAAGAGAAUGGUGGUGAAGAUGGUAACAACUUAAUGAGGACAUUGACAAUGGCAAUGAUGCUGGUUGUUGAUAGAAACCCAUAAUGAGUAAUAUGCAAUAAAAAGAGUCGCAAUACUGCAAGUAAAUUUGUGUACACACCAGCUUUAACCAGAAGUUAUUUAAUUUGAUAACAUCUACUUUGCUGAUUAAAUGUAACAUACAUGUAUAUCAAAAUUUUGGAACAGAAUGAAAGAACUUGGCAUUGCACAGGAUGCAGGGAAGAUUUCAUUUGGACAACUGUAUGGGAUGUGUGACCAGGUCUCUUUCUUAUUAGGUAAGGGACAAACAGUGACAGACAACAUAUAAAGCCAUUAAGGAAAAGUCUGUUUAACCAAAGUCUAAAGCUUGGGAUAUGCAUUAGUGUUGAAAACAUUUAGGUUUAUCAUUGAGAAAUCUGAAUUUUGUUGAUUUAAUGUGAUAGGGGAAAAGAGUGUGUCAAGGUAAUUCCUAGUCAAAGGCUGGGUUAAAUUACCUUCAUUGAAGUACUGCCAUUGUUACCAAUACUUUCCUGGGUCUGCAAGUAAACAAACAAAUAAGUGAGCAAACCCUUUAAACUGAGGUGAAAAUGAAUCCAACAGUGCAAGAUUGCAAAAAUCAAAAUGGACUUAAGUCAGGAAUACCUUUCAUAAAUGAUGGCAUAAAGUCAGAAUUCAUGUGGGGAUGCAUUGCUGUAAAUUGUGAAGAGGCCUUUCCUCCUAAACAAUGAGUGGAAGGUCUAGCCAAUAUGAGAGUGAUUUUCCAUCCAUGUUUUAUAGUAAAAAACUCUGUUUAAUUUCUCCUUUACUAACACAGGGCAGAAAGGCUUCAAUGUGUACAAGUCAGUACCUUAUGGCCCUGUUGGUGAAGCACUUGCUUAUCUUGGGCGCAGAGCCACUGAGAAUAGAGAUGUUAUCAAAAGAACAGAAAAGGAAAGAUCUCUCUUGUGGCAAGAGUUAAGAAGAAGAAUCACUUCCCUAGCUCAUUAGUGUGAAUAAUGCUAUCUUCUGACUAAUGUUAUUAAUUUCUUUCAUUGGCAUAGCUGUCCUUUUAAGGUAGUGAGGAAUAAUCAACAUAUAUUGUUCAUGAAUGAGCCAAAAGUUGGAGAGGAAAUAUAAAAAUAAUGGCAUGGGUGCACAGUUUUGGUGUUACCACUUUGAAAAGCACUCUCAAGGGUUUGAUCCUUGAUGCAGGCAAAAUCAUGACUGACAGGAAUUUGAUGUUACUCAAGAACACCUUUAUAGUCGGUCUUUUCUGACUCCAAAUAGCUCUUUAGCUCAGAGGAAACAUUUAUAGAAAAACAAAUUUGUAUUCAAUGGAAAACUUCCAUUAAUAGCUAGAUGUUUUUAGUAUAUCUAGUGGCCUCUAAAACAAAAGAUUCCCUUGAAAUUGUACCACACCCUUAGCCACAAGCAAUGCUUCUUUAGACAAAUGCUAAGAAUACUUCUACUCCAAUUGAGUAAUGGGAAGUGAAAUUAUCCCACUGGAGUUCCACUUUUAGGUCAAUAUGCUAUUCAUUUCAUAUCAAGAAGUGUUAACUGAAUUUAUGGCCUUUCCUACCAUUGUGGGGCUUUUCUAUGUUUCUCCAAAGGUAGCCAGCUGUAAUUCAUGCUUAAAAUUUAAAAUAGGUUUUGAAUUUACUCGCUCAAGAACUUCAUUAAGGGCUACUUUUUUUAAUAGAUUGCAUCUCAUUGUAGGUUAAAACUGAAGGAAUCUACAUUAAAACAACUGAGAUUCAUGCCAAGCUACAAAAACUUACAUUUAUACUAGGCUAGCUUAAUAGUAUUUUGUACAUUUUGGCUUGGCAAGACACUCAAAAUCCCCUCCAUUUAAGAGUUUAACCCUUUGACUCCUUUGAGUGACAAAAAUAGAAUUUCCCCUUACAAUACCAAUACAACAUCAGGCAGAUAAGUGAUGAUAAUAAAAAAAAUAUAUUUAAUUGGGGAUUAUAAGUUGAUCAAAUACCAAAUUCUCAAAAUUAACAUCACAUGAACUGUAUGGCAGACAGUGAGGGGAAUUAGUUGAGAUCUUGGGAGUUAAAGGGUUGAAUGGGCAGUUGAUGCAAGUGCCUGAUAUAACUGUAUGGUACAGCUGAUGAAACAAAUUGUAUAAAAAUGGCACUGCUGUGUCACACAAGUAAAAUGUAUUAAGGAGACAAUCCCUGUAUAGCUUUCAUAAUAGUUAAGCUUUAGAACAAAUUAAUCAUAUUCAUUGCACAUUGUAUGUGGUUUUAUAAAUAUUGGAACUACAAAUAGAACAGAUUAUUAAAUAUUGAGAGCUUGAUGUUGUUUUAAGUCACAUGUUACAAUUUGUUUUGUGAACUCCCUAGAGACCUGUUUGUUCAUGAAUAAGGCAUUAAAACUUUGUGAAUAAAACAAUAUAAUGCUCUCAAGAAAUGAUCAUCUUUAUUUAAUCACUAAAGGAUUUAAAAAGAUGAGGGCUUGGGUUGAAUUAUUUUCACAUGGGGAAGAGCAAUGUAAUCGUACAUCAUGGAUCCAAUAAUUUUAAGUGAAUGUAAAUAAACAAUUUUAUAGCA